AUGGCCUCAUGUCUGUAUGAAUGCCUCUGUGAGGCAGAACUUCAAAAAUAUUAUCCCCAUUUUACUGCCCUUGGCUUUCAGAAGAUAGAUGAACUUGCCAAGGUCUCCAUGAAAGAUUACACCAAACUUGGAGUUCAUAACAUGAAGGACCGCAAGCGCCUCUUCCAGCUCAUUCGAAUUAUUAAAAUGUUGCAGGCUGAAGAGGAAGCAGUGAGGAAAAAAGAAGAAGGUUUUCAGAAAAGUGCUGUCUACCUUCGACCCCAGCUCACCAGAUCUGGCCCUCGGAGACAACUUCAUUUUGAUUCCCUCUCCGAGGAAAAAGAUGGAGGAAAGGAGUUUGUACCUGGGUUAUGCACCUUAUCCCGCAGUUCUUCAAAUGAGAGUAAAGAUGAGCCUGCUGCAGUGUUCAGCCGUGACGUUGCGUACAAAAGACCCAGAAAGGAUUCUCUGAAGGCACCUGCAGUUUGGACAGAGGACCAGCUUGCUGUUCCAGCUCCAAGCUCAUCUAAUGAUAUUGCGCCUCUUUUAGGAGACACUGAUGUUUCCUUUGUACAGAGAGUAGCUCAUAUUUCAGGGUACAAUUAUGGAGUGCCUCAUUCUUACAUCAGAACUAAUGCUUCUGAGAAAGAGACACCAUGGACUGAAACAGACAAGAUCCGUGUGUGUGUGCGAAAACGCCCUCUCGGUUUAAGAGAAGAGAGGCGUGGAGAAGUGAACAUUCUCACAGUGGAAGACAAAGAAACUCUUCUGCUCCAUGAGAAAAAAGAGGCAGUUGACCUCACCCAGUACAUCUUGCAGCAUGUGUUUUACUUCGAUGAAGUCUUUGGGGAGACAUGUUCCAAUCAAGAUGUGUACAUGAAGACCGCUCAUCCUCUUAUUCAGCAUGUAUUUAGUGGAGGCAAUGCCACUUGCUUUGCGUAUGGACAAACAGGGGCAGGAAAGACGUACACCAUGUUUGGCACUCAUAAAAACCCAGGUCUCUACGCUUUGGCUGCUAAAGAGAUUUUCAGGCAACUAGAAACAACUCAGGCUAGAAAAGACCUCCAUGUCUGGAUCAGCUUUUAUGAGAUCUACUGUGGACAACUUUAUGAUCUGCUAAAUGGAAGAAAGAGGCUUUUUGCAAGGGAAGAUAGCAAGCAUAUUGUACAAAUAGUUGGGCUGCGUGAGGUCCAAGUGAAUACCGUCAACUUGCUUCUGGAGGUUAUUCUGAAAGGAGGGAAGGAACGCAGUACAGGAGCAACUGGAGUCAACUCUGAUUCUUCCCGUUCCCAUGCAAUUAUCCAGAUUCAAAUUAAAGAUCCUGCAAACAGAGUGUUUGGGAGAAUCUCAUUUAUUGAUCUGGCUGGCAGUGAGAGGGCAGCUGAUGCCAAAGACUCUGACAGACAGACAAAAAUGGAAGGAGCAGAAAUCAAUCAAAGUCUUCUAGCACUGAAAGAGUGCAUCCGUGCAUUAGAUCAGGAACAUGCUCAUACUCCCUUCAGGCAAAGCAAGCUGACGCAGGUCCUAAAGGAUUCUUUUGUUGGAAACUCCAAGACAUGCAUGAUAGCCAACGUAUCACCCAGCCACAUUGCCACAGAGCACACCUUAAAUACCUUGCGCUAUGCUGAUAGAGUAAAAGAGUUGAAGAGAGGGAUGAAAUGUUGCACACCGAUUGCCAACAGACGCCGGGCAACAGGAAAUGUGUCUCCUAAGCGUAUCCAGAAUUCUCCUUACAUGCAAGUUGGAGGAAAGAGCUCUCCCAAAAAAGUUAAGCUAGGGUUGCAGCACCCUCUAAUACCUACGCCUGUGACGAAGAUGAAGACUUCUUUGCUGUUUCAGCCAGCUCAUCUUCCUUUCUCUUCUACUCCAAAAGGACAGGGACGCAAAGAACCUUUUGGAGCUCCAUGGCUCGGCUGUACCAGCCCAGUAAAAGGGAUUCUGAAGACAGAGUCAUCAGCCAAGAAGCUGGCUGAGGAACCCACACUGCAUUCUGAGAAAAGCCACCUUGGGAAGGACUUUAUGGCAAGGAGAGAAGGUGGUCAGGAGGACAGACAGCGGGUUAAGUGUCUGAAAGUAGAACCAGUGCAAAAGCAACUUGUUUCCAGGGCUGAUUUUUCCCAUCAUAACUCAGAUCACCCAUCAGACCACCUGGAAGAAGAUGGGAGACUAUUUGCAGAACAGUGCACUGCAGCCUGGACAAGUGUUUCCCCACAUCAGAAAGACCGGGAGCAGCACCUUCGACUUUAUCAUCAGCAGUUCCAGCAGCCUCCUCUUCUGCAGCAGAAAUUGAACUACCAGCCAUUAGAAAAGUUUUUAACUCAGUACAAGCCCCAGGAGAUCCAGGUAAUCCAAGAGGCGUCUUGCCCAGUCCCUGUAUCCCCUCAGUGCCGUGAUGAAACCAUGCAGCUUGAGGAACUGGAUGACAGCGACUUCAGUGAGGACUCUUUCUCUCCCAGGCCCAGUCAGAAGAAGGCGGAGAUGGAAGCUAAAAGGAAGUGCAACCAGAAUUCAUUUUUCCUCCAUCAGAAAGACUGUGGGAUUCAAGAACAGAGUGUACAAAAUGAGGAAGAGCUGUUUUGUAAAUGGUAUGAGUUUGAGAAGAAAGGAGCAGUCUUACCAAGCGAGGAAGAGUCUACCAGCUGUGAAGAAGGCAGUAAGAGUCUAUCUGAUUGGAGUUCAGAGGAAAUACCAGCUGUUGGUUCUUUCCUGAACAACGGCAUACCAGAGAAACCUUAUUGCUCAGAGGAAGACAGCCUUAUAUGUAAUAGAAUAAAUUCCAAAGAAUUGCUUGUUGAGCAGAAGCAGCCUAAAUGUAUAGGUCCAUCUCACAGUUGCCCUGACGAACACUUACCUGUACCAAGAAAAUUAACACAAAGUCCAUCUCUUGCUGCUGUCCUAUUGGAACCCGCAUUUUCAGGAAUUACAGAAAAAAAGGAUCUCCCCAGAGGAGCAGACUUUUGUGGAGCUUUAGACUUUCCCAUGGACCUUGCUGAUGAACUGAUGACACCUUUGACAGUAUCCUUCCUUAAUUCAGGGUCAGUAGAUACUCAAGGGAAGGAGAUGAUUGAAAAAGAAAUCCUUAGCCCCAGAAAAUGUUGGAAUGACGAUACUGGGCACUUUCAUGAAAACAAACAAUCCCCUACAUCCAGCAUACAUGAAAUAAAUCCCUGGAGGAGAAAAGCUGGCCAGGUUCUUUCUCCAGAGGCCAAAUACAAGUGGCUUUCUCAGUCUUGUCACAGUCCUCAUGAUUCUUCUCUCUUGGGAGCUACAUCAGCUUUAGAUGAACUUCAUAGCUGUGUUUGUGGCUACGCUAGUGAAGAUCCUCUGGCUGAUCUCCUUCCUCGGCACAUGGAGGAAAGUACCUUGCUUCAUGGUAACCUACAAACUAGUGAAUAUUCAGCUGUCCUACAGUAUGAUUCUGAUCCUGACAUGACAAAGAUUGCUGUUUCAUGGAGCUGUUCAGAUCAGCUGGGUUUGGGGAAAGAAGAGGUUCCUGAGCCCUUGGCCCUGUGCAGUCCAGUUGAUAAGGGAGAGAUAUCUUCCAUUUCAAAUGCAUUAUCCAACUCUGAUAAUGCAGAGAACAAACAGCUCUCAGAAAGAAGUGCUGCAUCGCAAUCUGAUCUGUCCCAUGGGACAGUGGAGCUCAGCCCUUCAGAAGCAGCAUUCAAGAAUGAGGAAGUGGGACCUCUUCAGAAUACACAUAAUCAUGAGAUUACGGAGCAGGACUCAGGGGUUGAAUCCAAGGGGACAACUGCUGGGACUGCAAAGAACUCGCUGAAUGCUUGUGGUCAGGUGGAUUUGGCUGAAGGUUCCCUGAAGGAUAAGGAAGUGCUGGGAAGGCAGCUCGUUCUUCAAAACCACCAAGAACAACUGGAUGAAAUGGUAGCCCUGUGUUCUCAGGAAGAAAACUUGAUCAGUAAGAUGCCAGACUUGGAAUUUGAGGACUGUGUGAUGAAACUUGAUGAAAUACUGAGGCUGAAAGCAGAAUGCAUCCGAAGGGCACGAACCCAGCUGCAGCUGUUUUUUGCUGCUUCUUCAGGUGGUAGGACAUUGCUGCCAAUUUCCUCAACAUAGCCAUGGAGUGAUACAGCUGUGACACAUAUUGCCUCAGGACAGCAUCUUAAAG